CAAGGAACUCCAAAAAUUCAAAAAUACAAUUAAUGUUAUUGUUCUAAAAGAAUUGACUAAAAUUACAGAACCCGACUAGUUUAACCAUUUUCCAUCUAAUUUUAUCUUUUUUAUUUAACCAUUUUCCAUGUAAUUUUAUCUUUUUCAUUAAUAAAUUGUAUUCCAUAUUUCAAAUGCAACUUUUUGAUGUUUCAGCGAUUCAACUAAUCCAACAAUUUCCUCCGGAAAUUCAGAAAUUUGAUUAGGGAAUUUCAAUAUUGCCAACUCUCUGCUAAUCUAUUUGAAUAUUGAUUUGGAGUGUGUCGUGAUUCUCGUCCAAGCCCGCGUCUGAAAUAAGCAUACAAUUUUAUUUGGACCGUCCUUUAAAUAUAAAAUAGUACUUCUAACUUACUGGUACUCUCCGGUAGUGAAAACCAAAUCGUGCUCCUUAAUUUCUCCUCCUCCUCCUCCCAGUCUAUGCUGAAGAGGAUGGGAAGCGAAGCAGUUCAAGCAAACUUGGGAAGCAUUCAGCAGAGGAGGAAGGAGAUCAAACCCAGAUUUCUUUGCCUGCAUGGCUUCAGAACUAGCGCCGACAUUCUCAAGAAUCAAAUAAUCACGAAAUGGAAUCCUGCCGUCGUCGAUAAACUCGACCUUGUCUUUCUGGAUGCCCCUUUUCCCUGCCUCGGAAAAUCCGAGGUCGAGGGUAUUUUUGACCCUCCUUAUUACGAAUGGUUCCAGUUUAACAAGGAAUUUACACAAUACCAGAAGUUGGAUGAGUGUUUUACAUAUAUAGAAGAUUACAUGGUAAAGAAUGGACCUUUUGACGGUCUUCUUGGUUUCUCCCAGGGCGCCAUUUUGUCUGCUGCCCUGCCUGGCUUACAAGAGAAGGGUGUGGCUCUGACCAAGGUUCCGAAGAUAAAAUAUCUGAUAAUCAUUGGAGGUGCAAAGUUUAGGGAGAGAUCAGUAGCAGAAAAGGCAUUUGGUUCGCCUGUCACAUGCCCCUCUGUCCAUUUCAUAGGAAAGGAAGACUUCUUGAGGGAACCUGGGAUUCAACUCCUUGAAUCUUUCAUUGAUCCUUUGGUUAUUCAUCAUCCAAAAGGACACACCAUUCCACGAUUUGACGAGAAAGGCUUGGGAGAUAUGCUUUCCUUCAUCAAUAGGAUGGAGAAGGAGAUGAUCACAGGGGAAGAAGAGCAGGAAAUUGUUCCUAGUGGUUGAUUCCGUAUAAGAAAAACUAUUAAGAUUAUUAUUGAUUGAGUAUAUUGCCAUUGGUUUCAUGCCAUUGAUUGUGUAGUUAUGGUUGUUGAUGCUUUCAUGCCAUUGCUUUCAUGCCAUUGCUUUCAUGCCAUUGCUUUCAUGCCAUUGAUUGUGUAGGGCAAGUAUUCAACAACUUUACCUGUAGAUGAUAUAGCUAAAUUGUGUUGGCUUACCCAGCAAGCUGAUAGUACUUUCAAAUAAGAAAUAAUUGAAUUUCUUGCGGUAACAAUGGCAUAGCCACAAGUAUAAAUUCGAUCGAAUCGGAACAAAAACAAACUCAAAUAGAUUGUUA